CUCCGCGCCCCGCUACUUGUUUGCAGGGCGCCAGCUGCAGCCUUCCGUUCCGCACGCUCGUUUGGCCGGAGCCCGGAGGCAGGAUGGUGCUACCCGACGACGAGCGCGCUGCCGCCGGACUCUACCGAGCGCCCCCGGAGCUGGCGCGAGAGGCGCAUGUGCCUUCCUUGGAAAAGUACCGGGAGCUUUACCGCCGUUCAGUGGAGGAGCCGCAGGAAUUUUGGGGUGAUAUUGCCAAAGAACUUUACUGGAAGAACCAGCACACUGGACCAUUUUUGCAAUAUAACUUUGAUGUCACAAAAGGAAAAAUUUAUAUAGAAUGGAUGAAAGGGGCUACAACCAACAUUUGCUACAAUCUAUUGGACAGAAAUGUCUAUGAGAAUAAACUUGGGGACAAAAUAGCUUUUUACUGGGAAGGAAAUGAACCAGGAGAUUCCAUGAAGAUCACAUACAGUGAAUUGUUGAGUAAAGUGUGCCAGUUUGCCAAUGUUCUUCAGCAACAAGGUGUGAAGAAGGGCGACCGAGUUUCUAUCUACAUGCCAAUGAUCAUUGAACUGGUGGUAGCUAUGCUAGCCUGUGCCAGAAUUGGAGCAAUUCAUUCCAUUGUGUUUGCAGGUUUUUCAGCAGAAUCCCUUUGUGAAAGGAUACUUGAUUCCCACUGCUCCCUUCUCAUUACUGCAGAUGCCUUUUAUAGAGGUGAUAAGCUGAUUAACCUGAAGCAGAUAGCAGAUGAAGCCUUGCAGAAAUGUAAAGACAAGGAUAGCCCUCUGCAAAAGUGCAUAGUGGUCAAGCAUUUAGGAAGGGAAGAAUUGGUGGUAGAUGGACCAAGCAGCAAGUCUCCACCUCUGAAGAGACUCUGCCAGAGUGUGCAGGAAAAAAAGACCGAAAGCUCAAAGAAAGUCCAUCCCAAGAUUCCUUGGAAUUCAGAAGUUGACCUUUGGUGGCAUGACGUUAUGAAAAAUGCUAGCAAAGAGUGUGAGCCUGUCUGGUGUGAUGCAGAAGAUGAAUUGUUUAUUCUCUAUACCAGUGGGUCAACAGGGAAACCCAAGGGUGUUGUUCAUACAAUAGGUGGAUAUAUGAUUUUUACUGCUGCUACCUUUAAAUAUGUGUUUGAUUACCAUCCUGAGGACAUUUACUGGUGCACAGCUGACAUUGGAUGGAUAACAGGCCAUUCCUAUCUCACAUAUGGACCCUUGGCAAAUGGGGCAACCAGCAUUUUAUUUGAAGGGCUCCCCAUUUACCCGGAUGUGGAUCGUAUGUGGAGCAUCAUUGACAAGUACAAGGUGACCAAAUUCUACACAGCACCUACUGCCGUUCGCCUCCUCAUGAAGUACGGAGAGGAACCUGUCAAGAGGCACAGCAGGAAGUCCCUCAAGGUGCUAGGAACAGUUGGGGAGCCCAUCAACCCAGAAGCAUGGCUAUGGUAUUACAGGGUCGUUGGUGAAGAGCGAUGCCCUAUAGUAGAUACCUUCUGGCAGACAGAGACUGGUGGCCACGUAUUGACUCCUCUCCCUUCUGCCAUUCCAAUGAAGCCAGGCUCAGCUACAUUUCCUUUCUUUGGAGUGGUCCCUGCAGUGCUAGAUGAAUCUGGGGAGGAGUUGGAAGGCGAAGCAGAAGGUUACCUGGUUUUUAAGCAACCUUGGCCGGGAAUAAUGCGCACAGUGUACAAAAACCACCAGCGGUUUGAGACCACUUACUUCAAAAAGUUCCCUGGUUACUAUGUCACAGGAGAUGGCUGCAAGAGAGAUAAGGAUGGUUAUUACUGGAUCACGGGUAGAAUUGAUGAUAUGCUGAAUGUUUCUGGGCACUUGCUGAGCACAGCAGAGGUUGAAUCAGCUCUGGUGGAGCACUCGGCUAUCUCAGAGGCAGCAGUUGUAAGCCAUCCACACCCAGUAAAGGGAGAGUGCCUGUACUGUUUUGUGACCUUGAAGGAAGGUCAUGACUUCACAAAGAACUUGAUGGAUGAACUGAAGAAACAAGUAAGAGAAAAGAUUGGGCCCAUUGCAACUCCAGAUUAUAUUCAGAAUGCUCCUGGACUGCCUAAAACCCGUUCAGGUAAAAUUAUGCGGCGAGUAUUAAGAAAGAUUGCCAAAAAUGACCGAGAUCUGGGAGAUACAUCAACGGUGGCAGAUCCAGCCAUUAUAAGCCACCUUUUUAACAACAGGUGUGAGACAAUACUGUAGCAGAGGCAUCCUGAAGAAAACAAUAGUACAGAAACUUGGUGAGAAUAUGCCCCCAUCCUCACAAUGACUGUGUUCCUUGAGAUGGAAAACCAACUUAUGCGGAACUGAAUAUAAAAUACUGCAAAUGAAGAGAAGAAACUGGCGCUCCAAGAUCCAGUCCUCUUGUGUUGUAGAGCUGUAUGUCUGUGCCUCUGGAGAACUGUGUGCAUUUUAUUGUAGACCAAUACUGCAUAUCUGAAAUUUCAGCCUCAUUUAUUUCGUACAGAAUGUCCAUCUCAUGAUUUCCAUGAGUUUGUGUUAUGCAUUGCUGUUGUUUUUUUUAAUUUUUCAUGUAAAGCAAUGGGCAGAGUUAAGAAUCUGCAGAUAUUAAUGUGAAAAGUUGCUAUGCUCCUGAGCUGUAGUUCAGAAGCCUUCAAAAGGUUUUGAGAUCCAACAGACUGAGCAGUAAUCCUCAUGUUGAGGCAGAAUUAUUGGAACACGUCUUUUCACAAUCCAGAAUUCAUCAUGGAUUUUUUUUGUAAAAUAUUGCAUAAUAACCUGGUUUGGCAAUGUCAUAGGAAAUAGGACAUUUAAGACAACUGUCAACAAUGAAAAUGCAUAAAAAAUCUUUUACAGUGAUAGCUCCAUUGGAUUCAUUAUUGAAGUGGUUGUUGAUAAUUUUCCUCUAAAAAAGGGAGUAAAGGUAUUCCCCGUGUCUUUCUUUUCUUCAUGCAUGUCUUGGUAUAUGUAUGCAGAUGACUUUUCCCAGUGCAUUAGGAGAAUUCUUUGAUGAAUGUAGAUGCUAAUUCAGAUUAUGGUAGUCAUGAAGGAUUGUGUUCAGUGCCUGGAUGUUCCACUGGCAGAGGUUCUUAAAUUUUGCUGCGGCUGUCUGGUGCAAUGUAGCUACCAGUAAGAUCUGGGUAGGGAGAGGGAUCUUUAAUUUGCUUUGAUAGAUGAGAAACGGGUGUUGUAAUACCAAAAAAAAAAAAAAAAAAAGUGAUGUAGGGCAAUUCUAUUACUUGCUUCUUCACAUGACUAUAUGUUGCCCCUGAUCAUAUGAAGGAGGUAGGUGCAUGAAUACUGCCAGUGAUUUCAACCUGUUUGUGGUGACUGAAAACUCUCACUACAGUUGUGGAAAUUGCGUCAGUUACAUAGUUAGUGCAGUUAAUGCAGCUUUCUUCCUGUGAGCAUGGACAUAUGUGCAAUCAAGAGAGCUGUUGCUUUCACAGAGGAGAAAAGGUAACAGAAUUAAUAGGGUACCAGUUAGAUGAGAGAGAUGUCUUACAGUCAGAUGAAUAUAUGCAUAGUUCACAACCUAUUCAAGCCAUUAUUGAACAUUGGCAAAAGUUGAUUCUUCCAGGACUUCUGUCAUGGUGUGCUUAUUGUAACAGUGGGAAACCCUUUGAAUAUAGUUGAAUAUGCAACCCAGAGUAACUCCCUGAUAGUUGUAAAUAACAGGGACGGGCUUCUUGUUUGAAUAACUUUUGUCAAGGUAUUAACUCCAGCACGUUCCUCUGUGCUGCUGGCCUGGGAAUGCCUUUUCUCUAUGAUUUUUUAUUUGUAUUGGAAAUGGCUUUAUUUAAGUUUCAUUACUAUUUUUUUAAAUAAGGUAUUACAUUUGACUGUGAUGGCCAUGCUGUGUUUUAUCCCAAGAUACCUUUUCUCAUAACUGUUUGUAAAUUGGAACAGUGUAAAAGCAAUGUCCUUCAAACUAUCUCCCUGACAAAUAAGGAUGCCCUGGCCUUGUCUCAUGGUCAUACAUCUCUCAGUUCUCACCUGCUGUUAGUAUCCUAAGUGCACUUGUGUGUGGUCUGUAACAUUGGUAUAUAUUUACCCUAAUGUCCUACAGCAUUAGAGCUAGGCCAGUGGCUUGCCCAUGUGCUGCUAAUAAGAAAUAAAUCCUUUUAAUUGUGAUCGGACAUAUUUUGGUUUGGGAAAUGACUAUAAUUUUGUUUUUAAUUGGAAUAAAUCAAAGAAAUAAACCUAUAAAAGUUAACAGUU